UGGCUAUCUUAAGGGGAAAAAAAGUCUUGCAGAGUCUCUCUCUCCCAUACUUUGCCCAUGACCAAACAGAGAGAGAAAUAGAGAAAGGGGCUUUAGAUUUAAGAGUGAGAGGUUGAAGAAGGGUUUCUAGAAAAAAGAAGAGAUGGUGAGAAACAGUGGGUUUGGUCAGAUCAUGGAAGAAGGCGACAGUCCUGGAUUCUUCAAGAUUCUUAGAAGGGAAGACUUAUCAUCUGAGAUCAUAAGAAUGAUUCCUCAUGACAUCAUAAGAAGCAUCCCCGACAACUCGUCUUCCUUUAAGAUGGUCUUAAAAGUGCCAUGGGGAAGCUCAUGGACAGUCAAAAUCUCCAAGAACCCAAGUUUUCACUACAUGGAAGAUGAUGGAUGGAACCAGUUUGUGAACGACAACGCUUUGGGUGAAAACGAGUAUCUUACCUUCACUCACGAGGCUAAUAUGCGCUUUAACGUCAACAUCUACGAGCCAGAUGGUAUGGAGAUCCUUAGACCAAGAGAAUCUGCAACCAUUGCUUCUAGUUCCGGUAUGAACAAGGGAGAACGAAGGGAAGGAGCGUACAAACAUGUGAAGGAGGAGAUAGCGUCUUCCUCUGACUCGAGCUAUCAUUCUCUCAAAAAAGCUGAGUCUGCAGGAAGCAGACUGAAGAAGAAAAAUGAGCUUAACUUGGGAAAGAAGAAAGCUGAAGAAGCCGAAAAACCCAAGAAGAGUACGAAUAAGAAGAAGAAGAAGGUGGAGAGUGAUUUAGAAGCGGGCAUCUCAUCACUUGUUCCACAGUUCAGUAUCACGAUAAAGAAAUCACACCUCGUGUUCUUGGGAGUCCCAAAGGCGUUUAUGGAAAUGCAUAUGCCAAAGAAGACAAAGUGGUUCAAGAUUCGUCCGGAAGGGAAAGAUUCAUGGGAUGUUCUGUAUUUGGUCACUGAUGUUCAGUCAAGAUUCUCUGCUGGAUGGUCUCGUUUGUCCAGAGAGUUAGGUUUAGUGGUCGGAGAUGUCUGCACAUUCAAGCUCAUUAAACCGUCCGAGAUGCUUGUCAAUGUCUCAAGACAUGAUGAGGAUGAUAUUGAGGAAGAAGAUGAUGAGGAUGAAAAUGAUGAUAAGGAUGAGGAUGAUGAUGAGGAUGAUGAUGAGGAUGAUGAUGAAGAUGAUGAGGAUGAUGAAAGUGAAGAUUAGUUUGAGAACUAGUGAUAGCUUGUGUUUGGAGCCACAUUAUGAUGUUGUGGUUUGACGUUAGGACUUGUUUUAUAAUUGUUUUCUUUCUUGGUACUCUGUUAAGAGUGUGACUUGGUAUCCAUGGAUGAAUCUAAUCUCAGUUUGAGUAAACA